AUGUCUGAUCCAGCAAAAUCUACCACAUCGUUCUCUUUCGGUCAACCUGCAACGAGUGGAAGCUCUGGUAGUUCCUUCGGCCAGACAAAUACCACUGCCUCGACUCCAGUCGGUGGACUGUUCGGAUCGAGUGUCAAUCCUCCUGCAUCGUCGGCUGCAAAUCCAUUCGGCAACACAACCACGGCCGGAGGGAGUUCUCUUUUUGGUGGCGGAGGAGGUGGCAGCAACCUAUUCGGUGGAGAGUCAAACAAGCCUGCGGGUGGAUCUGGUUGGAGCUUUAGCCAGGCGCAAGGCAACAAUACUUCUGGUGGACUUUUUGGCACUGGGCAGGCAGGACAACGGAACAAUGCACCCUCAAGCAGCGCCGCGCUUUCUUCUGGAUUCACUGGCUUCUCUACGCCGAGCAAACCUUCAGAAACAGCAACGACUGGACCGAGUCAAACGCCUGGUGUGUUUAGCGGCGCGGGCAGCACCGGGGCAUUCUCCUUUGGCAAUCUAGGCUCGAACACAUCUUCCGCAGAUCAGACAAAUACCACCACACCAACCAGCAAACCCACCACAAAUCUUUUUGGGAAUUCUACGACUCCUGCCGGACCACCCCCAAGCACCAGUGCUGGCGGCGCAUCCGCGUUAUUUGGCAGUAAACCUCCACAGAAUGCAAGCAAUCCUUUUGCAACCCUAGGCAGUCAAUCGUCCGCCCCAGGUAUUAGCUCAACAGCAGCACCGUCCAGCGGCUUUAGUGGGUUCGAUUUUGGAGCCAGUAAGCCUAAAGAAGCUCCUGCGACGACAUCUACUGCGCAGUCUCCCAGUAUCUUUGGAUCCACACCAAGCGCUGGUGUUUCUAAUCUCUUCGGCAAUAAGAGAUCGGCUCAACCCGAUGGAGGAAAUCUCUUCAACAUGAACAAAAGCCAGGACACAGGAGCGACUAAGCCCGCUACGUCGCAGCAUUCCCAAUCCGAAGUGCCAAAGGCUUCGAGUCUGUUCCCUAACCUUGGUGGACAGUCUUCCGCCACCGCGUCCUCUGCACAAACAACGAGUGCUUCCCAGCCCGAAUUCAGCUUUCUCCGAGCUAACCAACCUCAACCAUCCGCAACAAAUCCUGUAUCAUCACCACCAACAGCACCAAAUGCCUUUGGGUUCUUUAGCAGUCCACAAAAAAGCUCGGGCACAUCUGCACUCUCUACUAAUGCUCCCUCUAGUAGUCUGUUUCCCAACAUAGGGAAACCGCAAGACAAAGCCCCUGUUACCGCUUCUCAAGCCACAAGCACAUCAGCCGCAUCAGCGUCAGCGUCCGCCCCUACUUCAAGCUUAUUCGAUAAUUUUGCGAAAUCCGCCGCUCCAUCUGAGAUCUCGCAAGCACCAACGCAGCCCGUUACGACUGCCACAGCUGAAGGUUCCGGAGCUGCGAAUGUGAAGUUGGGGGCGUCAAUAGCCGGCCCCCCACCACCUGCCCAAUCACGGCUUAAAAACAAGUCUAUGGAUGAUAUUAUCACGAGAUGGGCCUCUGACCUAUCAAAGUACCAAAAAGAAUUCCAGAAGCAAGCCGACAAAGUAGCAACGUGGGAUCGUAUGCUCGUGGAAAACAGUGAGAAAAUUCAGAAGUUGUAUGGUAGUACUUUGGAAGCGGAGCGAGCAACCACCGAGGUUGAGAGGCAGUUGAGUGCUGUCGAGGGCGAUCAAGAAACACUGGAAUCGUGGCUUGAUCAUUACGAGAAGGAAGUGGACUCGAUGAUAGCGAGCCAGCAAGGUGGCCAAGGUGAAACUAUCUCAGCGCCCGAUCAAGAGAGGGAGAGAACCUACCAAAUCGCUUCUAAACUAUCCGAGCGACUAGACGAAAUGGGCAAGGAUUUGACCGAUAUGAUCGAAGAGAUCAACGAUGCAUCGUCUACUCUCAGCAAGACAGGCAAAGCAGAUGAUCCUCUCACCCAAGUCGUCCGAGUUCUCAACAGCCAUCUUACCCAAUUGCAGCAGAUUGAUCAAGGUGCCGCUGCCCUUCAGUUGAAGGUGCAAGAAGCGCAGAGGAUGGGCCUCAGCUUCGGCCCAUUAAGUGGUCCAACCAGUGAUGCCGCUGAUGACUUCUAUCGAUCCUACAUGGGGCGAAGAUGA